CGCAAGUCAAAACUCAAAGCACCAAACCGCACACAGGCGCGACACACCGGAUCAUUAAACGACUAUAACUGCUCGCGUUUCGCAGCUCACCGAACUCGGAGAAGAAAACGCAGCGGCGAAACUCGUGACUCGUAACUCAGCCACGCGCGGCCAUGGCGUCGGUCCACAGCGCCAUCCCUACCCACUGCUUCGUGUCAUCAAUUUCCGAAGGAAAAUCCAAAUCGAAGGUCCCUCACAAGGCGCAAAACUUCCCGGUCUCGAGAUUUUCCCGGAAUCGGAUUUUCUCGGGAAACAAACGGGUGGUUGCUGCGAAUUCGGCGGCGGAGGAGCUCGACGUGAUACCGGUGCAGAGCAAUGAUAUAACGGACCAACAAGAAGGCGUGGUAGUGAGUCGUGAAGAUGAGGAUGGCGAGUUGGCGACUCAGGUGCGUGGGUUCGGAGCAAACGAGGGUUUGUUAUCAUUGGAAGGGUUUUCUUCUUCUUCUUCUUCCACUUUGGUUGGAGAUGAGAGCGAGGAGAACAUAGAGAAGCUGAUAGAUAGGACUAUCAAUGCCACUUUUGUGCUUGCUGCUGGUACUUUCGCUCUUACCAAGCUUCUCACCAUUGAUAGUGAUUACUGGCAUGGAUGGACACUUUUUGAGAUAUUAAGAUAUGCACCUCAGCAUAACUGGUCUGCUUAUGAGGAAGCUCUUAAGACAAAUCCAGUUUUUGCAAAGAUGGUUAUCAGUGGGGUUGUUUACUCCAUAGGUGAUUGGAUUGCUCAGUGUUUUGAAGGAAAACCUCUAUUUGAGUUUGACCGUGCGAGGAUGUUCAGAUCGGGGCUUGUUGGUUUUACUCUACAUGGCUCUCUUUCUCAUUAUUAUUAUCAGUUUUGUGAGGAGCUAUUUCCUUACAAAGAAUGGUGGGUUGUUCCUGCCAAAGUUGUCUUCGAUCAAACUGCAUGGUCGGCAGUUUGGAACAGCAUUUACUAUACGGUUGUGGGAUUCCUGCGGCUUGAUUCUCCUAUCAAUAUUUAUAAUGAAUUGAAGGCAACUUUUUUUCCCAUGUUGACUGCAGGGUGGAAGCUGUGGCCAUUUGCUCAUCUCGUAACUUAUGGUGUAAUACCAGUUGAGCAAAGACUUCUUUGGGUGGAUUGUAUUGAGCUUAUUUGGGUGACCAUACUUUCAACAUAUUCAAAUGAAAAAUCAGAAGCAAGAAAGUCUGAGGAGUAACGAUGAGAGGAAUGAGAAGAAGAAUGAGAAGGCUUUGCUCAAUCAGAUUGUUGAAGUUGAGUGGAGUUCACAUUGAACCGGACCAUGACUUGGACAUAGAUGUACAAUGAGGAACAUGGGAAAAGCUGAUUGUGUAUGUAUAUAUAUGUUGUAUGCCCUGGAAACUCAUGUAUUUUAGGUAACAUUAAUUUUUCCUGUAAGCAUUACAUAAUGUAAUUCUUCAUAAAUUUUAUGAGGAGAUAAUUUAUGUUUAAACUUGUAUAUGAGAAAAGAGAUAACUGAUAUGGUGGCUUAGCUUAAUAAGUGUAUCUCUAAGUGAUAAACUGAUAAUGAUAUUGUGAGUUGUUCUGGCCUUCUAUGCAUCUAAAUUCUUGGAUUUCUUUU